UUGCCCCAAGACCGGUUGUCGAAGAAAAAUGUCAUCUUUUAAGAUCAAACUAUCACGUUGUUGUUCUUCAAUUUUCUGUCAAAUCUCUAGAAACAAAGCCAGGACUCUCUGCUCUUCGCAAAUCCGCAGUCUACAUGAUUCAAAACAAGACCAAAUUGAUCUGGAUUCUGGAAUUUCUUCCUUUCUGCUCAAAACUAUAAAAAACCCAUCUGUGUCUUCUAGGGUCCUCUCCGGUUCAAGCUUCUUUGGAUCACAAAAUCACCACUUCUUGCCUGUGAAACCAAAAUCCACUGCUAUGUUUUCUGGGUGUGGUGUUUCGAGGAGGAUUGUUCCUCUUUUUUGUCCAAGUUCACUUUUUGGUGUGGAAAGUUCGUGUAGGUCUGAUGAAGGUCUAGAUUUUACCAGAGGGAUUCGUUUCUUCAGUACGCAUGCUGCCAUUGAACCUUCGACGUCUGAUGGUCUUACAGUUGAUCGAAUUGUGGCUAAUCAGUGGACAAUUCUCGAUGAGAGUGAGAGUGAUUGGAAGAGCCAUGCUGCUGCAAUUGCUCAAUCCAUUCAAGUAAUCAAGAGACGUUUGCAGUGGAAGAAACUGACAGUUAGGUUAAAUCUACUGUCUUUGGAACUGAACAAGCCUGAUCUUUGGGAUGAGCCUGUACAUGCUGGGAAAAUCAACCGGGAGCAUGGUUCACUUAUGGGUAAAAUGGGCGAGGUGAAGGCAUUUGAGCGGGAACUACUUGAGCAUAUUGACAUGAUAAAGCUCGCCCGAGAAGAGAAUGACACUGAGUUGGAAGCGGAAUCAGUGAAAGCUUUGCUGAGAAUGAGAAAGCAUUCAAAAGAGAAAGAACUUGAAGCAUUACUCUCGGGCGAGCAGGAUCCUUGCUCUUGUUAUAUAGAGGUCCAAGCUGGAGCUGGGGGUACUGAGAGCAUGGACUGGGCAGCAAUGGUUAUGCAAAUGUAUAAAAUGUGGGCUCGGCAGAGAGGAUACGGAGUAACUGUAGUAGAUGAAAUGCCCGGGGAUAUUGCAGGAAUCAAGCGGGCAACAAUUAAAGUAGAUGGGGAAUAUGCAUUUGGAUAUGCCAAAGCAGAAGUGGGAGUGCAUAGGCUUGUUCGAAUCUCACCAUUUGAUAGUGGAAAGCGAAGGCAUACUUCAUUUGCUGCCGUGGCUGUAAUUCCCAUCUUGGGUGAUGGAAGCACCCAUAUGCAGAUCAACGAGUCAGAUCUCCGUAUUGAGCGAUUUCGAGCUGGGGGCGCUGGUGGCCAGCACGUGAACACAACUGAGAGCGCUGUCCGAAUAGUUCACAUCCCAACUGGAAUAACUGCAACUUGUCAGAAUGAAAGGUCACAGCAUCAAAACAAGGCUUCAGCUAUGGCUGUCCUCCAAUCUCGGCUAGACCAGCUUGAGAUGGCACGCCAGGCUCAGAUGAAUGCUCAGCAUACACAAUCUCUUACUGAGAUCAGUUGGGGAAACCAAAUACGCACUUACGUCCUCCACCCUUACCGCAUGGUUAAGGAUCUCCGAACUAAUUAUGAGGUCUCCGAUCCUGAUUCUGUGCUUGAGGGAGAUCUAGAUGGCUUCAUCUUGAGCUAUUUAUCAGCUUCCUUGGACAAGAAUGAAGAUAACCGCUGAUAUUUAGUUAGUAGGAUGGUAAAAUUCUCAAGGGUUAACAAUUCAAUACUGAAGCUUCCGAUGCAGCCAGAUACUGUUUUCAUAUAGCUUGUGAUCUGGGUGGAUAUAAGUAGAUUGACUCCUGGUCUAAUAUUACAGGCUGCAAAACCAUUGCAAGCUUUGGAUCUUGAGGGCACAUAUAUCAGAUUUGUAUAUUUAUUUUUGGAAAACAUUUUCACCAAACAAUCAUGUCAAUUAGCCAUUUGAUAUCUGA